AUGACACCGCAGGUCACAAGUUGGGCCGACUUUGCCCAUGUAUCGGAGGAAUUCGACUCAGAAACCAAUGAAUUUCAAUACACAAUGUUCGCUGUCAUCAAGUCGGACGAUGUCAUCUACUACGGCGAACUACCUACCCGCAAAGCUGAGAUCUCGUUUCAGCAAGUCAUGGCCACGCUCAAGCCAAUCCCCGACAACGAGAUAUUCCCAGAGUCGCCACUGUCUGGCGACAAACCCUUGACCCAGGCGCCACUGGAUCUCCCCGCCAAUGUUCAAGUCUUCAUCAAGCGACCCAACAUUUCCCAAUAUGAUGUGUAUAAACGACACAAUGUAGUACACCUGCUCGCCCAAAGCUUUUUGGAGGAGGAGGCCCGUACCAUGGAAGUUCUUGCCGCACACCCACAUCCUUAUUUCGUCCAGUACUACGGCUGCCGCUUCCGGGGAGGCUACCUAACCGGAAUCGUGCUCGGCCGCCAUUCGCACGACUUGAAGAACUAUCUCAGUGGCGGAGUGGGAAAUAUCGAUAAGAAAGCAUUCAUGAAUGCGCUUGAGUCUGCUAUCUAUCACUUACAUUCACUCGGUUUGGCACACAAUGACCUCAACCCGACGAAUGUGCUGGUCGACGACUCCGAGACCAGUGGUGGAAUGCCAGUCCUGAUCGACUUUGGCUCGGCCGGGAGAAUCGGCAGUUUGUUGGGAACGUCCCGGGGUACGAGUGGUUGGAUUGAGGGUCGGAUUGAGGACUAUACCACUUCGAGGAAGGAACAUGAUAUCUUUGCCCUAGAGAAAAUGCGACUCUGGUUGGACAACCCGACUUUCGACGAUGAUUAA